UUCAUUUUAUGAGGUGUUAUAUUCAAAAGAUGUGUUUUAUGAAUGUGCUACAUUUGCUGGUGAAGUGAUUGCUGACGUGGGGCGGACAAACAUGAAAGGGACGCACGGCUCGUCGAUUGGACUGCACGCGCACAUGCAUCCGCCUUCCCUGCGCGCUCGCGAAACCGAAACCUAUUUCCUUUUUUUUCUUUUUUUUUUUUUGUUCCAGAACAGACAAGACUCCACUUCAGCACUUUGCACUUGUCUUCCCCAAGCGGUGUAUGUUCACAUGUUUUAAUCAUGGCUCCGUUUCUGUAACCUCUCCUAGUUGGUGCGUGUUUUUAUUCCCUCCCAAUCUCUUUUUUUUCCCCUCCUUUUCUUUUGGACCGUUUAUUCCCCACGAAUGAGUUCACCGCUCUUCUUAGGGCAUCUGGUCGGGGUUCCCGUGGAAACGAUGGAUCCCGGUGCCGGAGCCAAAGACACGACUCGCACGAAGAUUUUUGUCGGCGGAUUGCCGUAUCACUCGGACGACGCCUCACUUCUGAAAUAUUUCGAGACUUUCGGGGAUGUCGUCGAGGCGGUGGUGAUCACCGACAAACACACGGGCAAGUCCCGAGGAUAUGGCUUCGUGACCAUGGCGGACGGCGCGGCCGCAGAGCAGGCAUGCAAGGAUGCGAAUCCCAUCAUUGACGGCAGGAAGGCCAACGUCAACCUGGCGUACUUGGGAGCCAAGCCGCGCGGCUCGCAUUCCAGUCUCGCUGCCGAGGUUCCAGUCCAGCAAGUCCACCCUGCAUGGGCUCAAAGGCACUACGGGUUGGCUCAUCCUUACAUCUACCCACCUGCGUUCCUGCAGCCCAGCCUGCUACUGCAGUCCAGCAUCGUCCAUCCAUGCUUCGCUCCCUCGGGAUUGGAGCACUCCCCCUACAGCCCGUCACCACUGCCCUACCUCAGCUACAGCUUCUCGCCCGGAAUGCCAGCGCACGCUCUGGUCACAUCCCAGACUCUGCCCACCGCCACCCAUUCGCCUCUGGCCAUGUUCUCCGCAUUGCCCGCCGCACCACAGGUCACCAUGCCGAACCUUGUGCACCAGCACCACCGCGCUCAGUGAGCAUACAUGACCAUCAAUCAGUUCCUUGUGGCAUCAUGAUCAUCAAAAAGGGCUUAUGGAAAGCACUCCUGACUUUUUGUAUGUCGGUUAUAAUAGUUCAGAAAAACGUUCUUGCUACAGUUUCUUCAUGCAGUCUGAAUACUCUCGAAGUCAAAGACUGGAAUAAAUGGGCCCUGAGGCUGGCCACCAGACCACUGUUUGGAGAACACAUAAGUAGGGAGCACAAUGAAAAUUGUUUGAAAUUAUGCCGCAGCAGUCUUUAUUUAUUUUUUUUUUUUAACCUCUUCAAAGUUACCUGUCUGGGCGGCCUCAUCAAAAUCUCUCUGUCCUCCUACACCCCAUUUGAACAUUUCAUUGUCUUAAUCCAAGCUGUGCAUCUUGAUAGAAUUCCCUGCCUUCUCAUUUCUUAUUCUCAGUAAGGUUGGGCAUGCCAACACCGGACAGGGGCGAUCUUUGAGAUUGUUACAGUUGGAGCAAGAGAGUUGUUGCUCUUAAGUUCCAAAGCCGUCGCUACAUGUGUGCAUGUUGCAGUUCGAUCGUGAAAAAGUUACAUUGUGAAAGGAGAGCAGAGCAAUGCAAUACAUGUGAGUGUCAGGUCAGAGCUUAUCUGCAGUUCAUUGUCCAAAUCAGAGUUGUUUCUUUGUUUGUGUGUGUGUGUGUGUGUGUGUGUGUGUGUGUGUUUUUAUCUUAUUUUUGCAGGCUGUAAAAUCAGAUUCAUGCUUGAGGAAAGCUGGAUGGCAUCCCUUGUUUAUAUGGAACCACCUUUGUUCUUAAAAAAAAAAAAGCCAUAUGUAACUUUUAUGAAGAAUAUGCAAAAUAAAAGCAAUGUUUACUAUUAAGGCGUCAGUGCUGUUUGUU